UCCGGGGAAUCUCUUCCGGUUGACUCCUGAGCAGUGCCCUGGAUGUAGCCCCGGCGAUAGUGUUCCUUUUCCCCCCGCCCGCUCCUCCCUCUCGCCUCCUCUCCCCUCCCCGGAGCCCCAGGGCUUCCUGACCCUGGGGCUGCUUUUUGCUCAGCUUCUGGGAAGGACCGAUCUUAUCUUGCAAGUCCCACCAUGCCCAAGCGGAGAGUCACCUUCCAGGAUGUGGGAAUUGAAGAGGAUGGAGAGGAUCUCCCCAAAAAGAAGCUGGUGGAUCCUGUGACAGGAGCAGGGGGCCCUGGGAGCCGGUUCAAAGGCAAACAUUCUUUGGACAGUGAUGAAGAAGAUGAUGAUGAAGAUGGUUCUAGCAAGUAUGUCAUCCUAGCUUCAGAAGAUGUGGAAGGUCAGGAGGCGGCCACACUCCCAAGUGAGGGUGGUGUUCGUAUCACACCCUUCAACCUGCAGGAGGAGAUGGAAGAGGGCCACUUUGAUUCAGAUGGCAACUAUUUUCUGCACCGGGACGCCCAGAUUCGGGACAGCUGGCUGGACAACAUUGACUGGGUGAAGAUCCGGGAGCGCCCUCCAGGCCAGCCCCCUGCCUCAGAUUCAGAGGAUGACAGCCCUGGCCAGACUCCACUGGGCCCUCAGGCACUCCUAGAGGGUCUCUUGGAGAUGCUGUUGCCAGGGGAGACAGUUGCUGGGGCACUGAGACGUCUGGGUGCCCGGAAGGGUGGUGAAGGACCCCAGCGACCAAAUUCCCCACAACGAUUAGACCGGCUCUCAGGAUUGGCUGACCAGAUGGUUGCCCGGGGCAACCAUGGAGUGUACCAGGAGACCAGGGAACGGCUUGCUGUAAGACUGAAAGCACUGGGGGGCCGCACACCAGGGCUGCCUGACACAGCACCUCGUCCUGUCCUGGACAUGUUUGCUGAAGAGGUUGGGGAGGGGGAGCUGGAGACCCCAACCCCAGCCCAAGGAGGAGACACAGCUGCCGUGGGAGAUGGCUUGGCUGAUGUGAUGUGGGAAUAUAAAUGGGAAAACACAAGUGAUGCAGAACUCUAUGGGCCCUUCACCAGUGCCCAGAUGCAAGCCUGGGCGGAUGAAGGCUAUUUCCCAGAUGGUGUUUAUUGCCGGAAGGUGGAUCCCCCUGAAGGCCAGUUCUACAACUCCAAACGUAUAGAUUUCGGUCUCUAUUUCUGAACCUGUUUUUAUUUUUUGGGUAGCGGAAGAGAGCUACGGCAAGCACUUCCAGGCUGUGCUUUCAGGAAGAGGCCCUGGGGCUUGUAUGGACCUUAGUUGGGGUGGGGGGGAAAUGGUACCAGUCUUGGGGGGGCGCCAUUUCCUGUCUCAAUAAAAAUCUCUAGUUGUGUAAAAGGGGUGUCUAGUGUGGAGAGGGCAUAGUUGCACAAAGAGCCUGAGUUUGCUUUGUCCACCCUAGAGAGGUGCUGCUGCCUCAGGCUGGUCAGCAUGGGCCUCUGUUCCUAAACGGCAGUUUCCUGGUCCAUGCUGGGCCUCCCCUCUCCUCCUCUUCCCUUCUCCACACUUCUCUACUCCCCUAGAUCAGGCCUCCCGUGAAGUGGAUAGAAUGAUUCUUGCUAGGGCUGGCCCUCCAGAAAGAUACCUGCCUCCCAGGAGUUCUAUUCUGACUUUGCUCCUGACCAGUGUGUGACCAUGAGCUUGUGUAUAUAUGACUUCCUCCUCUCUGGACCUGUGUCCACAUCUGUGAACCUGGAUCUAGUACCAUGUUGAAGGAUCCCAUGAGGGAGGCCUGAGCUUGAGUCAGGAUACCUGGGUUUGAAUCUCAAACUGCCUGGCUAUAGACCUGCCUAAUUCUAGUUUCUUCCCUGAGCCUCAUUCUCCUUAUCAUAAAAUGGGGAUAAUCAUACUACCUACCUCACAGGGUUGUUGUGGGGAAUGCACUUUGUAAACCUUAAAGUGCUUAAGAAAUAUGACUUACUGUAACACUUUAAGAUGCUUUGUCAAGGGAA